GCCCCCCACCUUCCUCAGCCCUUUAUCGUCAAUCAUCUUUACUUCUCGUUUAAUUUACUGUUUCAUACAUUCUCCGUAUUUUCCUCAAAAGAAGGGCCUCCUUGACCCAAAAUCCAAUUCCCGCAUUAACUUUUUUUUUUAAGCAGGCUCUCUUGGUUUUCGCGUAUUUGAUUGUCUCUCUCUCUGAUUGCGUCGCGACUUUACCUGCAACAUGGUCCAGUAUCACCGCUACCUUGCGCCGAAGAAGGGUGGUGAUUUCCCAAAAGAUGGCAUCUUUGAGUCCCACGGUCUUAACUUUGAUUUCUCCACCUCUUCUUACUGCAAGAGAACCAGGCCCAACUCCUUCCCUUUCUUGUUUCUCGCUCUUCUCUGUUGCUGCUUUGUGCUGGCUCCUCUUUUCUUUGGCUCUUGUUUCACUUUCUCUCUCCUCUAUUCCCCUGAAGCUGAAAAUGAUAGCUCCUCUAUGCGGUUGUCUGCAAAUGCUUCUUCGUGCUCUUCAGUUUCAAAUGGAGGAAUCAUAUAUUGUGAUAGAAGCGGUUAUCGUUCUGAUAUCUGUAUAAUGAAAGGAGAUAUAAGAACACACUCUGCUUCCUCGUCGGUAUUCCUUUUCAACUCAAGAAGGGAGAAUUUUGAAGGCAGCAAAGAUGAAGCUCAGGAAUCCCAACACGAAAGGAUCAAGCCGUACACUCGAAAAUGGGAAACGAGCAUCAUGAAUCUCAUCGAUGAAUUGCACCUAACAUCGAGGACAGAAAAUUUGGGAACGGAUCAUGGUUGUGAUGUUCAGCAUGAUGUUCCAGCAGUGUUCUUCUCCAAUGGGGGAUAUACAGGCAACGUCUAUCACGAGUUCAACGAUGGAAUCAUACCUUUGUACAUUACUUCCCAGCAUUUGAACAAAAAGGUUGUGUUUGUGGUUCUUCAAUACCAUAAUUGGUGGAUGUUGAAGUACAAAGAUAUUCUUUCUCAAUUAUCAGAUUUCCCAGUCAUCGAUUUCAACAGGGACAACCGGACCCACUGCUUCCCAGAAGCCAUUGUUGGUCUAGGAAUCCAUGAUGAGUUGACUGUGAACCCUGCAUUGAUGGAAGGUAACAAGAGUAUUGUUGAUUUUAGAAACCUCCUGGAUCGCUCCUACUGGCCUCGAAUCAAAAGCUUGAUUCAAGAAGAGGAAAGGGAAGCUCAGGCCAAGGUUAGAGAAAGAGUGCAAGAAGAAAAUCAAUGGGAGAAACCCAAAUUGGUUGUUAUCUCAAGAACUGGGUCAAGAGCAAUAACUAACGAGAAUUUGAUGGUGAAAAUGGCAGAGGAAAUUGGGUUCCGAGUGAAAGUUCUAGGGCCUGAUAAAACAACCGAACUGGCAAAGAUUUACAAGGCAUUGAAUGAAAGUGAUGUGAUGAUUGGUGUUCAUGGGGCUGCUAUGACUCAUUUUCUGUUCUUGAGACCUGGUUCUGUGUUUAUUCAAGUGGUUCCUUUAGGUACCCCAUGGGCAUCAGAAACUUAUUAUGGAGAACCUGCUAGGAAAUUAGGAUUGAAGUACAUAGGCUAUGAAAUUCAUCCCAAAGAGAGCUCUUUGUAUCAGAAAUACCAUAAGAACGAUCCUGUUCUGACAAACCCAAGAAGCAUUACAAAGAAAGGGUGGGAAUACACAAAGCAGAUCUAUCUAGACCACCAAAAUGUCACAUUAGAUCUCACAAGAUUCCAGAAAAGGCUGCAUCGUGCGUAUGACUACACUGUGGCAAGAUUAAAUCUGCAUAGUCGACAUUAAAUUUCAUCCUUCGUGUUCAUUCUUUGAUCUUCACAAUUCACAUUUCAAAGUCUUGUAUUCUUGUGCAUAGGGAAACACAGAGUUUCCUUCUGUUGUAAAUGUGCGUACAGUGGAAAUCCAAACAUUUAAUAAUAAAUAAAAUAACAAUAUGAUCUGGAACAGCA